AUGACUUCUUCCGACAAGCACAAUGAGACCUCCAACAAGGGCAAGGCCUCAGCCAUUGUCCGCCGCGGUGACGAGGAAAUCGUCGAGAACAUGGUCAAUGGGACCAACCACAGCAACUCGGAGUCUUCUUCACGCUUGAAUGGUCGGCCUCUCAUGUCCUGGGAGAAAUACUACUUGGACGGGACAUACACCCUGCACAGGCCUGGGGAGACUGCGGCUACUGCCGUUGGCGAGCCUGGACGUCGGGCGCCCUUGGCGCAGAUGCUCGACGAGGAAUUGGCCAACGGAUAUCUUCAGGCAGGCUACCGCCUGGAUCUUGUCGCCAAUUUCUGGAUCGAAGAGGCCCAAAUGGGCGAAGAGAACCUGGCGCUUGCCGCCAAAGCAUUGGAGAAGAUCCGAGCGGUGCAGGCUGCUCGCACGCUCGCUGACCUGGUCAGCAGCGAUGGCGGCGGUGGCAACGUUGCCUCGGCGCGCUGGGCCCGGGCCCUCGCCGACAAGGCAGUCGAGGCGCUUGGCGUCGUGGUGGCCGACCUGACCGCUGCCGCCACCGCGAGCAAUGUGGCUGUCGCCUCGGCCACCACAGCCAGGCCGGGCAGCGCUGCCACUGCCGCCAAAGCGACCAGCACUGGCAAGGCUGUCGCCUCGGGCACCCCGACCAAGGCCAAGUCUGCCACCACGGCCGCUGCUCCCGCUCCAGCACCCGCUGGUUCUCCCGCCUCUGCGCCCGCUGCUGCUCCUGCCCCCGCUUCCCGCGGCCCAGCCGUCCAGUCCGGCCGCGUGACCAAGCCGGCGCCGAAGAAGAAGGGAGGCAAGCCUGGCGCCUGCGCCGGCUGCAAAAAAGCCAAAGCCAAGUGCGAGCGCGUGUACAGCUGCGAGCGCUGCUUCAAGGACGGAGUGGACUGCUCCCUGUCCACUGCUCAGGGUGCGGACAUGGCCAACAAGUCCAACAAGUCCAAGGGUAAGACGCUCCCCGCCUGCGAGCGCUGCCGCACCAAGAAGGCCGGCUGCUCCCGCGUCGAGUCCUGCAAGCGUUGCAUGGCUAAGAAGAUCCAGUGCGCCGAAGCCCACUAG